GUUCUAAUCCCAGUGCUGCACAACAUCCUGCCACAGUUUCAAGAUGUCGUUUCUUCUUCUCCUGGGAAUGCUGACAGCAUGCGCUGCAGUUCCUAAAGAUAUGUGUGGUAAAAUGUUGAUCUUCCCAGAAGACUCCGAUACAGCUCAUGUAACACUGACAACAUCAGAACAGACUUUUAGUGCUGCAACUGUCUGUCUCAGAUCCAUUACAGACCUCAGCCGAACCCACUCGCUAUUCUCUCUGGCCACAAGCUCUCAUAAUAAUGCCUUCCUGCUGUUCAAGACUGGUGCACGUGAUGAGAUUGAGUUCCAUGUCCAGCAAGUAAGGGGCAAAUUUGAGGCGCAGGAAUACAAACUGAACCAAUGGCAGUCCAUUUGUGCUACAUGGGACUCUGCAUCUGGUCUGGCGCAGCUGUGGCUAGAUGGAAAGCCUUCAAUUAUGAGAGACCUUGGCGGCUCACAAGUUGACAACUUUACUUCUAUCCUCGGACAAGAGCAGGAUUCCGUUGGCGGGGGCUUUGAUAAGAAGCAGUCUUUUGUUGGCAUGAUGUCUGAUGUCCACAUGUGGAACUACGUCCUUUCACCCUGUGAGAUUGAGGACUACAUGAAUGAUCAAAUUUCUACUCCAGGGAACUUGAUCAACUGGAAUGGGCUGAAUUACAAUAUCGACGGAACAGUGAUGAUUGACGACAAACAAAUAUGUCGUGAUCUCAAACCAAAAGGAAGUUGGAAAUCACCUUGAUACAAAUUGGAUACGUUUUACAAAAUACUAUCCUUCUUUUGAUCACCAAUGGAAUGUGUGUUACUAACUCUGCAAAUAUGUCAUGCAAUUAGUCAUGCAAAUAUGAUUUGGGUCGACCUUGUCUCUCGCCUUUUCUUUACAGUUCAUUAAAAAAAUGCACAUCUUGCAA